AUGCCAUUCGGUAGAUAUAUAUUAGAUGCUGCAAAUUAUAAUCAAAUUUACAAUAAGAGUUACCAUUAUAUUUAUUCUUAUGAUGAAUACAGUAUUCCAGUUAUAUUAGAUUCAAAAGGCACUUUUAUUACAAAUACCUUUGGUGUAAAUGCUCUUUUGUAUAAUAAUACUUUUCUGCUUGCUUCACCUUAUACAAAUAAUAUAAAUACAUCUUGGUCAUUAUUCACUAUUCCAUUAACUAAAGUUCUAACAUAUCGUGAUAAGAAUACUGAUAAAACACCAACAUCACCAAAUACAUUAAUAUCACUAAUUAAUAGUUCUAAUAAUCCAGGGAAUGCCAAUUUCGACGAACUAGAAGAAAGAUGA